AUAAAUAUAAUUGUGCCUUCUCUGUUAUAUGCUCACAAAAAACAGUAAUAAAAAUAAAUGUUGAAUGAUCAAAGAAAUCAAGCCAUCGAGAUGCAUCAAGUUAAAGAUUUGGGUAGGAAGGGCCUAGUUUGAAUUACAUUUGAUACAACUAUGUGGAUCUCUUGGAUCAGACAAAACUAUUGUAUAGUCAUGAAAAUAAGGGAAGACUGAAGAACAUGUAGAAUUGACUUUUUCCCCUCAAGAUUCUGCAUCUCUUAUCUUUACUUUGUGCUUUCCAUGUCAGAUGUCAAGCUCGGAUAAAACCAAUGCUGGGGAUGCCAUUAUCUCUAUCACUGCAUUACUUGUCGGAGGUGCAGUAAUAAUUGUGAUAGCUUAUCUGAUCAUAAAAUGUGUUCAGAAGUCAAAAGCGCAAUCUAAUGUCGCGCAGGGGCAAAUUUCCAGCAGCAAUACUGCAACUUCACCAUAUGUUUCAAGCUAUAGUGUGGCUUUGAGCAUUGAAAUGGAAACAAUUGACAGGUUCCUUAAUGACAUCAUGAAAGAGAAGCCCAUGAGAUUUACCCCCCAGCAUCUGAUGAGUUUCACUCAUAACUACGCUACUAAACUAGGGUCAGGUGGUUUUGGAAUAGUAUACAAGGGCCAGUUUCCCAAUGGGUUUCAGGUGGCAGUUAAGGUCCUUCAUGGAACUUUGGAUAAGAGAGCUGAGGAACAAUUCAUGGCAGAAAUUGGCACGAUUGGCAGAACCUAUCAUGUCAAUCUGGUGAGGCUUUAUGGGUUCUGCCUUGAUCCAACGGUGAAGGCGCUGGUAUACGAGUAUAUGGAGAAUGGGUCACUUGAUCCAUACCUAUUUGAUGAGAAUAACAGGAUUGAGUGGGGAAGGCUAUACGAGAUUGCAAUUGGGACAGCCAAGGGAAUUAGAUACCUACAUGAGGAGUGUGAACAGAAGAUAAUACACUAUGACAUAAAGCCUGGUAACAUUCUCCUCAAUGCAAACUUCCGCCCAAAGGUUUCAGAUUUUGGAUUAGCGAAGCUCUGUGAUAGAGAGAACAGUCAUGUCACGCUCACAGGAGGUAGAGGAACUCCUGGCUAUGCCGCUCCAGAGCUUUGGAUGCCAUUGCCUGUGACCCAUAAAUGUGAUGUUUAUAGCUUCGGUAUGCUGUUGUUUGAGAUCGUGGGGAGGAGGAGGAACCUAGAUUUCAAACAGGGUGACAGCCAAGAGUGGUACCCAAAAUGGGUUUGGGAGAAGUUUGAGCAAGGGCAAUUGGAGAACGUAACAUCGCUUUCAGGAAUUGAAGCAAAAUACCGAGAGAAGGCGGAAAGAAUGUGCAGAGUAGCAUUGUGGUGUGUCCAGUAUCAGCCAGUAGCAAGACCCUCAAUGAGCAAUGUUGUGAGAAUGUUGGAGGAAGAAGAUGAAAUUUCUGCACCCCUGAACCCAUUUCAAUAUUUGACCUCAUAUGCCACAAGUUCAACUCAGUGGAGUGAAAGUACAGGAGAAUCAACUAGCAGAAAGACUACCAAAGAUGAAAAUGUGACUGGGUAGUUCAUCAUGAAAUACCUGUGCAUCCAAAUCUCAUGGGAACUUUUUUCAAAGGGUGCAAAUUGGACGCUAGAAAGCAUCUCUUCAGACAAACUUACCAUGCUAGACAUAUGCAGUAAUUUUGGCACCUUUACCAUUGAGUCAUGAAAGUCAGUCAGUAGGUUUUAGUUUAUUGAUUGUGGUAUUUGUAUAUCUUCGAUAUUGCACAUCAAGCUAUCAUGAAAAGCUAUCCUUGACAUUAGUAAAUAUUUCUAGCUAGGUUUGUGAUAUCUACAUUUUU